AUGGCACCCCCUGCAUCAUCUAGUUCUAAUCCAAGCAGUAAUGGCGGGUUGACUAGGGAAAUUAAUUAUGCUAUAGACGCCAUGAAACAACUGAAAGUUUCCGAGCUAAAAGAAUUAUGUAGAAGUACAAACUUGCCCCUGUCUGGGCGUAAAAUAAACUUACAAGAAAGAAUCAUCCAGUUCAUUAAAGAUUCAAUGUCAAUAGGCCAUAUUGAUCCAUGGAGACCUAAAUCAAUCGUGUUAUUAAUUCAAAUGAUUUAUCAAUCCAAGGAGUUACCCUCGUACUUUGAUAUUUGGUCCGAAGUCAAGAGUGGGAAAUAUCCAACGCCUAUCAUUCGAAUACUUGGAGAUGCCGGAAUAAAUAUACAAUCCCAAACUUCAACUACCAAAACAACCACAAUUACUCCAGCCAAUAAUAGUCAUAAUACUAACACCAAUACAAGAUCAUCUUCCAAAUCAAAUAGUAAAAAAAUAACAAAUGAUUCUGUACCCUUCAAAUUACCCCCAUUUUAUAAUAUACAGAUGGAAAUACCGAAAUCAUCAUAUCGAUUAGUUAAGGCACCUGGAAGAGGUGUUGGAGCAGUAAGAUUCACUUUUACUGGUCAUGAAUGGUUAAAACUACAAAAUGAUACCAAAAAAUACAAACUUUAUUUAUUCUGUUGGCCAGCAACCUCACAAUAUCAUUCGAAUCCACAUAAUCAUUAUCAUAAUAAAGAAGUAAUUGCAUUCCCAUCACCAAAUGAAAUCCUAUUUAAUGGAAUCAAAAUAACAGAUAAUGUCAAGGGGCUAAAGAAUAAACCCGGUACGGCAAAACCCGCCAAUUUGACACCACAUAUUAGACCACCACCACAGAUAAAUACAUUAGAUUUAAUCUAUGCUUACACUACAAGUGAUUUCCAAAUGGCGUGUUACAUCACAGAAUUCAUCUCACCGGAGGAAUUACUUCAGAAUAUCGUAUUUAAACAUCCAAAAAUAUCUAAGAAAUCCACCUUAAAUUAUAUUAAAAAGAUUAUGAAUGAGGAAGAUGAAGAUGAAUUAAUAACUACUUCCACUGUUCUAAGUCUACAAUGUCCAAUUUCUUAUACAAGAAUGAAAUACCCCGCUCAAUCACGUCUAUGCCAACAUUUACAGUGUUUUGAUGCGUUGUGGUAUCUACAUUCACAGUUACAAGUACCGACGUGGCAAUGUCCCGUCUGUUCAGUCACCAUACCUUUAGAGAAUCUGGUGCUAUCUGAAUAUGUAGAUGAAAUUUUAAAAAAUUCCGAUGAAGAUGUAGAACAAGUUGAGUUAUCUUCUGAUGGGUCAUGGAAACCAUUUAUUGAAGACGAAGUUGCUUUGAAACAAAACAAUGAUAGAUCAAAUCAAAAUGAUGGAUCAGAUGAGACAGCCCCAGUAAAAAAAGAAGUAUCAAAUGAUGUAUUCAACAGUGAUAGUCACAAUAACACAAAUAUUCAUGAACCUGUUGUUAUAUCCUUAGAUAGCAGUGAAGAUGAGGAUGGUGAAGAAGAAGAACAAACAACACAGCACGGACUUACAAUGAAUAAUACAUCCGACUCAGUACUUCCUACAACAACUGAGAUAUCAAGAGAAAUCUCCACCAAUGAAUCACCUGAGAAUACCAAUGAAACCAAUGAAGCUGAUUUACCUUUAUCCCAAUAUAGAAGAACUUCCACUAAUGCUAACGAUGCCCCGGUACCUUCUUUAAUAUCUGGUUCAUUAUUAGGGUUAGGAAAUGGUUCGCAAACCCAACAAACAAAUAUAAACACAUCAGUUAAUCCAGUGAAUCCAAGAUUACCCCCUGUUCUUACUACUCUGUCAGAUCAAUCUAAAACUAAUCCUAUACAAUCCCUUACUAUACCAUCUACAAUACAAUCAUCUACCUCCAGUAUACCAGCCAAUGUAUCAAUUAAUAAGUCUUCCUCUUUGUUUGUACCUACUAAUCCAUCGCCAACAAUAAAUGACAAUGGUUCUAACAAUAUCCUAGGUAUUGGUGGUAAUUUACCAAUGUUAAAUUUAUCACAAAACAUUCAACCGCCAAUUGUGAAUCCAUUUUUAAACAAUAACAACAGCAACAAUAAUAAUGUCUAUAUUCCAUCCUCCAUAAACAAUUCUACGAAACCUUUACCUUUGUUAGCCAAUACCUUCCCCAGAAAUGAUAACAACUUUUCAAAUAUAUCUACAGUUCCAAUUCCUUCAGAGACCAAUCAACGACCUAUUGCUGUCCCCCAUUCCAGAAAUACUAAUCCAAGAAGGUCUAGGACAGAAGUAUCUCCAUUCAUACCAAGAAAACAAUUCCCUCCGCCACUAAACGUACUUCCACGGAAAAGAUCAGGUAUCAAUAACAACGAAUCUGUGAGAAGGAAAGACGUUUCACCAGACAACAACAACAACAGCAACAGCAACAACAAUAAUAAUGAUCAAUAUAAUUCCAAUAUUAUAAUAAACCCAAUUACCAAUCAACCAUAUAAUGAUGGAAUAAUUGUUAAUAGUAAUACUACUAGCAAUAUUCCUAAUUCUUUGUUUAGGGUAAAUGCAUCUUCAAAUAAUAAUAAAAAUUCAUCGGAUGUCAUUGAUUUAACAUCAGAUUGA